CUAUAUAUAUAGGCAUAUUAUCAUAGAUCUAAAUCAUCAAGUACUCUCAUUCUCUACUAGCAACUUUUUUGGUCUGAAAAACUCUAGACUUUCUCUAAAGUAACAACAAAAAGAAAUUGGUAACAUGGCUUUUGGAUUGCCUGGUUUUGUUCAUGGUAAGAAGGCUUUUCGAAGAUCACUUUCUGGCAUUAAAGAAGCAGCUUCAAAGUCUACAACCAUUCCAAAAGGCUACUUUGCUGUCUAUGUUGGAGAGGAGAAAAAGAAGCGCUAUGUAGUACCUCUUUCAUACUUGAACAAGACUGCAUUUCAAGAAUUGUUAAGUAUGGCAGAAGAAGAAUUUGGAUAUGAUCAUCCAAUGGGGGGACUCACAAUUCCCUGCAGAGAAGAUGUCUUCAUUGACAUAACUUCUCAAUUGAAGUGAUUGUAUGUGUAGCACUAACUAACAAGUGUUAGCAGAAACAAUUUUGUACACCGUAUACUUUUUCUCCUCUUAGAAAAGAGAGAAUUGUUUGAUUACUAAGAAAUUUGUGAAUAGAAAGUGAAAUUUGACUCUACUCUCCUUUGUUUGAAAUUCAACUGUGAUCAUGUCCUUUUUGACCUGUCCAUUUUUCUUGUUAA